CUUGAUAAUAGAUAUUUACUUGAUUAGUGUAAAUUGGCGAUGUCAGUGUUUGUGUUAUACUAAAUCUAUUGCACGUGUUUUAUUAUUAUUGUGUUUGUGAACUGAACUAAAUGUUACUGCUACUCUUUUUCGCGAGUCCCGUCCUUGGGGCGCUUGUGUCCGAGCCCCCGCCACCGACCCCGCGCAGCCCCGCAGCCCCCGUGCUCGCCUGGUUGCCUGUCAGACUCAACCACUUCGAUGCUUCAAACAAUGACACCUUUCAAAUGCGAUAUUACUAUAACGAUGAGUUCACGAGAACUAACAACAUCGUGAUAGUAUUGGGCGGACCCUGGACCAUCUCCCCCGACUGGGCGAGCGGUGGACUGCCGCACCAACUGGCCGAGGAGAUCGGAGCCGGACUUUUCUACACAGAACAAAGAUACUACGGACAGAGCAGGCCUACAGGCGGCACUUCAGUACCGGAGCUGCGUUACCUCACCGUAGACCAGGCUCUCGGGGAUCUGGCGCAGUUCAUCCAGCACGUGCAGAGUGAUCAGUUCCAAGGUGGAAGGUUCAGAGGUGGACAGGUGGCGCUGGCAGGCUGCGCGCACGCCGGCAGCCUGGCCACGUGGAUGCGCCUCGCCUACCCCCAUCUCGUCUCCGCAGCCUUUAGUGACUCCGGUCCGCUGCUUGCACACGACGAACUCGCAGAAUAUCUGGAGGUGGUAUGGGAGGCGGUGCGGGCGCAGGGGGGCGGUGCGUGCGUGGCGACGCUGGACUUGGCCUUGGAGCGACUGUUCGCCGAGACUCUUACGCAGGAGGGCGCUAACAGGGUCUCAAACAUGUUCAACACGUGUUCCCCCAUCGAGGGGACCAACCCUCUGGACACGAGCACCUUCUUCUGGCGCGGGGUGUUGGAGCCUCUGGCGCAUCUCGUGCAGUCCGCGACGACCGGGGACAUCGCCGGCGCGUGCGAGGUCCUCACAGAUCCCAACGUUUCGGAGCCCACAGAGCGGCUGGCCAAGUGGGUGACGUCCCAGCUGUGGGCGCAACCGUGCUUACAGGCUAGCUACACAGCGCACCUAGCGGCACACACCAAUACUAGCUACGACGCGCCCCACUCUGUCGAUCGUCUAUGGAUGUAUCAGUCCUGCGUGGAGUUCGGCUGGCACCAGACCACCGCCAGCUUCAAUUCCUUCCACAACGCAGUGGCUCUCCCGUAUUUCCGAGCUCUAUGCCGACAAUACUUCACGGAAGAUUUCGAUGAAACUCUUCAGUGGGCAGGCAUAGAGCGCACCAACUUGCUGUUUGGAGGUGUGACGUACAUGCCCGACGCCGUGGUGUCUGUGGUCGGGGGUCACGACCCCUGGUGGCCCGUGGGGCCGAACGCGACACACGCGACUCACAUGUCCCCAGUGUACGUGGUCUCCGGGGGGUCCCAAUGUCGAGUUAUCAGGUCGACAGGUGAGAGUGAGACGCAGCAAGUGGAAGUGGUGAAGCGUGCUGUGCUGCUCAACAUGCAGCAGCUCCUCUCUGGCAAGCCGCCUACGCACGUGUCCAGCGCGGCCGUCGUCUGCUCUCCUUUAGCAAUCAUUCUAAUUAUAGCUUCCUUAACUUUUGUACUAUGAAUAUAAGUGUCGUUUA